AUGGGUUUAUUAAGAGACACCUUAUCCAGCAUGCAGGAAACCAACCGUACAAGGUCCCACUCCAUGAGUGGGCCUCCUCCUUAUAGUAGUAGUAGUAGUCCAUAUGUGGGACAUUCAGCUCCCAUUGAGCCAAUUCACGAACAGGAAGAGACAAAUGACAUGGUUUUUGACUCAUCGUCAUUGUCAUCUUCUUCCUCAUCAGUUUACUCUUCACCUAGUUCUUUAGGGUAUGUCGACAAUUAUGUAGAAGGUGACGUACAGAUAUUUGGCCCCGAAGUUGAAAGAGCUAAAAGACAUAAUUCUGUUCGUUUACCAAUUACCAAACAUAAUGAGUAUUAUGGCAGAUUGAGCGACCCAGUCGUGCAAUUUCCACCCCAAUUCCAAAAACAAGUUAACACUAGACAUCUCUACACUCCAUUUAGACCAAUAUUAGUGGUUGCAAAUUCUCCAAAUUUAGUUGAGGGUUUCCAGAUGGUAUACUUCCCUGAGCAAUUAGGUUCCCAUGACAUCUCUCUGAGUGAUUGGCAAAGAUUUCUUGAAGAUCUUAGAAGGGCUGCCAUGCCAACUUCAUCAUAUGCAUAUGGAAAUAGAUACAACAGACAAUAUAACUCAGGAUACGGGCAGUCUAAUGGUGAGUACAGAGGAGUUCUCUAUGGAGAAAAUGAUAGGCAACGCAUGUUGGGUGGAAGUUCUAACAAUGGAAGACUUUCCAGCGUAUUAGAUAACCGCUUAAAUGGUAGAAGAAGAGGAGGAAGAUAUGAAAAGGAUGAUGGCUUAGUCAGGCUGGUGCUAAAAUUAGGAGCGGCAUACAUUGAUGGUAAAUCAAGUAGCAAUUCCACGUACAAUAACAACAAUCUCAAUACUGACGAUGCUUACUUUUACGCAGAAAACAGUAUUCCUAGGACAAUAAAUUCUGAUGAUUACGAUAACUUACUGAGCUUCAUUGAUAGAUGGAAUAUGAUGUUUUUCAACAAUAGAAGUGUUCAUGUUCAAAUAAGGUUCCCACACGAAGUGAAAAAGGAAUAUGAUCAUUUCCUUAGGACUUAUAGUAGAGAAGACGGAAGAAAGGUUAGAAGACAAGCCGAACAUGACGGUCCUGACUCCUUAAAGAAAUGUAGAUUGAUUAUCACUAGUUUAUAA